UGAAGCCUGUCCUUCCCACUGUACUUCCCCAGCCAGUGCCUUGUUCACCCUCUGGAUGCCCUCUGUUUGCAGUGAACCUUGUAAACAUUCUUGAAGUUGACUAACAGCAUGUUUUUGGCCCAGAGGAGACUUCGCUUUCUUGGCAGUAGAACAAAAUUCCUGAAGACAACUUAUUCUUCAAAAAUUCUGGAAUUACCUCCUUCUGCUAAAAUGUCAUUGAAAUUCACAAAUGCAAAACGAAUCGAAGGACUUGAUAGUAAUGUAUGGAUUGAAUUUACCAAGUUGGCUGCAGACCCUUCUGUUGUGAAUCUUGGCCAAGGUUUUCCAGAUAUAUCCCCUCCUAAAUAUGUAAAAGAAGAAUUAUCAAAGAUUGCAGCAGUUGAUAGCCUGAAUCAGUAUACUCGGGGCUUUGGCCAUCCAUCACUUGUGAAAGCUCUAUCCUGCCUGUAUGAAAAGAUUUAUCAAAAUAAAAUUGAUCCAAAUAAAGAAAUCCUUGUGACAGUAGGAGCAUAUGGAUCUCUUUUUAAUGCUAUUCAAGGAUUAAUUGAUGAGGGGGAUGAAGUUAUAAUCAUGGUGCCUUUCUAUGACUGCUAUGAGCCCAUGGUGAGAAUGGCUGGAGCAAUACCUGUUUUCAUUCCCCUAAGACCUAAACCUGUUGAUGGCAAAAAAUGGUCUAGUUCUGACUGGACAUUAGAUCCUCAAGAACUGGCAAGUAAAUUUAAUUCCAAAACCAAAGCUAUUAUGCUAAAUACUCCACAUAACCCCCUUGGCAAGGUGUAUUCCAGAGAGGAGCUCCAAGUAAUUGCUGACCUUUGCAUCAAAUAUGACACACUCUGCAUCAGUGAUGAGGUUUAUGAAUGGCUUGUAUAUUCUGGAAACAAGCAUUUAAAGAUAGCCACUUUUCCAGGUAUGUGGGAGAGAACAGUAACAAUAGGAAGUGCUGGAAAGACUUUCAGUGUAACUGGCUGGAAGCUUGGCUGGUCCAUUGGUCCUAAUCAUUUGAUCAAGCAUUUACAGACAGUUCAACAAAACACCGUUUAUACUUGUGCAACUCCUUUACAGGAAGCCUUGGCUCAAGCUUUCUGGAUUGACAUCAAGCGCAUGGAUGACCCAGAGUGUUACUUUAAUUCUUUGCCAAAAGAGUUAGAAGUAAAAAGAGAUCGGAUGGUACAUUUACUUGAAAGUGUUGGCCUAAAACCCAUAGUUCCUGAUGGGGGAUACUUCAUCAUCGCUGAUGUGUCUUUGCUAGAUGCAGACGUCUCUGAUAUGAAGAACAAUGAGCCUUAUGACUAUAAAUUUGUAAAAUGGAUGACUAAAAAUAAGAAACUAUCAGCCAUCCCUGUUUCGGCAUUCUGUAACUCAGAGACUAAAUCACAGUUUGAGAAGUUUGUGCGAUUUUGCUUCAUUAAAAAAGACAGCACAUUGGAUGCUGCUGAAGAAAUCAUCAAGGCUUGGCAUGAGCAGAAGUCUUAAUAUGUGCGGAAUGGGAUGUGUUUCUACCAGAUGACCUAGUAUGGAGUUGUUACUUAGUACUGCCACCUGCUGGAUAUUGAAACACAAAUACUUAAAUACAAAUGGAAUUUAAAGAUAAAGAUGUUUUUUCCAAAGAAAAGUUAACUCUACUCCUAGAAAUAUUAAGGAUAUCUGAUUUUUUUUCAGUUGGAAUGUAUUAAAACACCUCCCACUAUCAUUUUAUGAGAGUCAGUGUAGCAUAGUGGGUACGGACUGUGAGAUACUUGGCCUCUCUGGGCUUGUUUCCUCAUUACAAAGGGAAUAAAAAUAGCAGCUGCUUCAUAUGAAGGUUGUUUGUGAGGAUUACAUGAACUAAUGUAAAGCCUGGCAAACAGUAAACUCUCACUCACAUUA